AUGGCUACUUUAGAACAACAAGCUUCCAAGCUCUUGGAUUUUAAUCAAAAGUUAGAUAUAAACCUUCUUGAUAACAUAGUCGGAUGCUUAUAUUCUACAGUCGGUGAUCAGCAGCGUGUUGCUCAAGAUAUUCUGACAGCAUUAAAAGAACAUCCUGAUGCUUGGACUCGUGUAGACACCAUAUUAGAGUUCUCUCAAAAUCAGGAAACUAAAUACUAUGCCUUACAAAUAUUGGAAAAAGUUAUACAAACAAAAUGGAAGAUAUUACCAAGAAACCAAUGUGAAGGUAUUAAAAAGUAUAUUGUGGGCCUUAUUAUAAAGAAUUCAUCUGAUCCAGCUAUUAUGGAAAAUAAUAAAGUAUACUUAAAAAAACUAAAUAUGAUUUUAAUUCAAGUAUUAAAAAGAGAGUGGCCACACAACUGGGAAACUUUUAUUAGUGACAUAGUUGGAGCAUCGAAAACCAAUGAGAGUCUCUGUCAAAACAACAUGGUCAUUCUAAAAUUGCUAAGUGAAGAAGUGUUUGUUUUUAGUACAGGGCAACUGACACAAACUAAAGCUAAACAUUUAAAGGAUACCAUGUGUUCCGAAUUCAGUCAAAUUUUUCAGUUAUGCCAGUUUGUUCUUGAGAACUCACAAAAUGCUCCAUUGGUUGAUGCAACAUUACACACACUUUUAAGAUUUUUGAACUGGAUUCCAUUGGGAUACAUUUUUGAAAUGAAACUUAUUAGUACACUCAUUUUUAAAUUUUUAAAUGUGCCUAUGUUCCGUAAUGUAACAUUAAGUUGUUUAACUGAAAUUGCUGGAGUUACUGUAAGUAAUUAUGAAGAACAAUUUGUUGCAUUGCUUGUGCAAACUAUGGAGCAGUUAGAGAUUAUGCUCCCUCUUACUACAAAUAUAAGAGAAGCCUAUGCUGCAGGUCGAGAUCAGGAACAAGUGUUCAUUCAGAAUCUGGCUUUAUUUCUUUGUACUUAUUUAAAAGAACAUGGCCAGUUAAUUGAGAGACGUGGUCUAACCAACACCUUAAUGAAUGCAUUGCGUUAUUUAGUUUUGAUAUCAGAAGUUGAAGAAGUUGAAAUAUUUAAGAUCUGUUUAGAAUUUUGGAAUGCCUUGGCUGCUGAUUUAUAUAAAAUUGCUCCUUGUUCUCACUCUGCUGGCCUUAGCUACAUUCAAGGCAAGAGUUUGGGAAGAAAAGUAUUGUAUGCAGAUGUACUAAGCAAUGUACGUUACAUUAUGAUUUCUAGAAUGGCAAAACCCGAAGAGGUACUAGUGGUGGAAAAUGAAAAUGGAGAAGUUGUGAGAGAGUUUAUGAAAGAUACUGAUUCAAUUAGUCUAUAUAAAAAUAUGAGAGAAACUUUAGUAUAUUUAACACACUUGGACUAUGCAGAUACAGAACGUAUAAUGACAGAUAAGCUGCAAAAUCAAGUCAAUGGAACUGAGUGGUCCUGGAAAAAUUUAAACACAUUGUGUUGGGCUAUAGGCUCUAUAUCUGGAGCUAUGAUGGAAGAAGAUGAGAAAAGAUUUCUUGUUAUUGUGAUUAAAGAUUUAUUGGGAUUGUGUGAACAAAAAAAAGGCAAGGACAACAAAGCAAUUAUUGCAAGCAACAUUAUGUAUGUUGUGGGACAGUACCCUCGCUUCCUACGAGCCCACUGGAAAUUUUUGAAAACCGUUGUCAAUAAAUUAUUUGAGUUCAUGCAUGAAACUCAUGAUGGUGUCCAAGAUAUGGCAUGUGAUACUUUUAUUAAAAUAGCAUUAAAAUGUCGACGCCAUUUUGUUACCAUUCAGGUAGGUGAGGCAUGUCCGUUUAUUGAAGAAAUAUUAAGUACAAUCAGUUCAAUUAUUUGUGAUUUGCAAACACUUCAAGUUCACACAUUUUAUGAAGCUGUUGGCUAUAUGAUAAGUGCACAAGUAGACCAAGUUGCCCAAGAACAACUGAUUGAAAAGUACAUGUUGCUGCCAAAUCAGGUGUGGGAUGACAUUAUAUCACAGGCUUCCCAUAAUGUGGACAUUCUUAAGGAUCCUGAAGCUGUGAAACAGCUUGUGAGCAUUUUAAAAACGAACGUAAGUGCCUGUCGUGCAUUAGGACACCCCUAUGUGGUGCAACUUGGAAGAAUAUAUCUGGACAUGUUGAAUGUGUAUAAAGUCAUGUCUGAAAAUAUCAGCCAAGCUAUUGCUCUCAAUAGUGUUGCUGUCACCAAACAACCAUUAAUCAAGAACAUGAGGAUAAUCAAAAAAGAAACUUUGAAGCUGAUAUCAAGUUGGGUGACACGAUCAACUGAUAACAGUAUGGUUUUGGAAAACUUCAUACCUCCACUCUUAGACGCUGUCUUGCUUGAUUAUCAAAGAACAGCAGUCCCUGAUGCUCGAGAGACUGAAGUGUUGUCCUGCAUGGCGGCUAUAGUGAACAAGCUUGGUGGUCAUAUAACAUCUGAAGUACCCAAAAUUUUUGAUGCAGUUUUUGAAUGCACUCUCGACAUGAUAAAUAAAGACUUUGAAGAAUAUCCUGAGCACAGAACUGAAUUUUUCCUGUUAUUGCAGGCUGUUAACACUUACUGUUUCAAAGCAUUCCUUAGUAUACCACCAGCACAGUUCAAAUUGGUGUUGGAUUCCAUAAUCUGGGCAUUUAAACAUACUAUGAGGAAUGUCGCAGAUACAGGUCUGCAGAUUAUGUACCGAUUAUUACAAAAUGUUGAGCAGCAUCCCCAGGCAGCACAGAGUUUCUACCAGACCUAUUUGUGUGACAUUUUAGAGCAUGUUUUCAGUGUUGUUACUGAUUCAUCUCAUGGAGCGGGACUUACCAUGCAUGCCACUAUAUUAGCCCACAUAUUUUCACUAGUAGAAACGGGACGUGUCACAACUGCUCUUGGAAACGCAGAUAAUAAUGUAACUUAUAUUCAGGAAUAUGUGGCAAACCUUUUGAACGUAGCAUUCCCCCAUUUGACUGGAAAUCAAGUGAAAAUAACAGUACAGGGACUAUUUAACCUAGAUCAAGAUAUACCUGCCUUUAAGGACCAUCUAAGAGACUUUUUAGUUCAAAUAAGAGAAGUCACCGGUGAAGAUGACAGUGAUCUCUAUUUGGAGGAACGAAUGUUUGCACUCCGCCAGGCCCAAGAGGAAAAGCGAAGAGUUCAGCUUUCUGUGCCAGGCAUAAUAAACCCGCACGAGCUGCCUGAGGAGAUGCAGGAUUAA